AUGCGAUCCAAUCUUUUUCUCUUUCUCUUUUACCCUCUUUUUCUCACUUUCUCAUUCCUCUGUCUCUCACCCACAUCUUUCUUUCCCUAUUUCCUCCAUCUUUCUCUAAAUGCGAUCCACUCUUUUUCUCUUUCUCUUUUACUCUCUUUUUCUCACUUUCUCAUUCCUCUGUCUCUCUCACCCAUUUCCUCCAUCUUUUCUUUCCCCUUUUUCCUUUCUCUUUUUUUUCUUUCUAAAUCUCUCUCACCCACAUCCUUUCCCUUUUUCCUCCUUUUCUCUUUCUCUUUUUUUCUCUUUUUUUCUCUUUUCUCUUUUCUUUCAUUCCCUGUCUCUCACCCCUCAUCCUUUCUUUUUCCCUAUUUCCUCCAUCUUUCUCUAAAUCCGAUCCAUCCUCUUUUUCUCUUUUCUCUUUUACCCUCUUUUUUCUCCUUUCUCAUUCCUCUGUCUCUCACCCACAUCUUUCUUUCCCUAUUUCCUCCAUCUUUCUCUAAAUGCGAUCCCUCUUUUUUCUCUUUCUCUUUUACUGUUUUUUCACUUUCUCAUUCCUCUGUCUCUCACCCACAUCUUUCUUUCCUAUUUCCUCCAUCUUUCUCUAAAUGCGAUCCCUCUUUUUCUCUUUCUCUUUUUACUCUCUUUUCUCACUUUCUCAUUCCUCUGUCUCUCACCCACAUCUUUCUUUCCCUAUUUCCUCCAUCUUUCUCUAAAUGCGAUCCUCUUUUUUUCUCUUUCUCUUUUAUUCUCUUUUCUCACUUUCUCAUUCCUCUGUCUCUCACCCACAUCUUUCUUUCCCUAUUUCCUCUCUUUUCUCUAAAUGCGUUCCUCUCUUUUUCUCUUUCUCUUUUUCUCUCUUUUUCUCUCUUUUCUCAUUCCUCUGUCUCUCACCCACAUCUUUCUUUUUCCCUAGUUCUCCCUCUUUCCCUAAAUGCGAUCCAAUCUUUUCUCUUUCUCUUUUACCCUCUUUUUCUCACUUUCUCAUUCCUCUGUCUCUCACCCUGUCUCUUUCUUUUUUCCCUAUUUCCUCCAUCUUUCUCUAAAUGCGAUCCCUCUUUUCACUUUCUCUUUUACCCUCUUUUUUCUCACUUUCUCAUUCCUCUGUCUCUCACCCACAUCUUUCUUUCCCUAUUUCCUCCAUCUUUCUCUAAAUCCGAUCCACUCUUUUUCUCUUUCUCUUUUACUCUCUUUUUCUCACUUUCUCAUUCCUCUGUCUCUCACCCUCAUCCUUUCUUUCCCUAUUUCCUCCAUCUUUCUCUAAAUCGAUCCACUCUUUUUCUCUUUCUCUUUUACUCUCUUUUUCUCACUUUCUCAUUCCUCUGUCUCUCAUCCACAUCUUUCUUUCCUUACUUCCUCUUUUUAUCUUACUCUGCAUUUGAACUACACUUUUCUCUAUCUUCCUCUUUUAUUCCCUUUUUGUUACUUUCUCCUAACACUGUUUCUCACUUUCAUUUUCCUGUCCUCACUUCUCGUUUUUCUUUAUCCUUCUUUUUUCAUAACCUUCUUCUUCUUCUUCUUUUUCUCUCUUUUUCUUGUUUUUGCAUUCCUCUUUUCUUUUCCCUAUCUCUUUUCUUCGUUUGUUUUCUCUCUGUUUUCCCUUUUCUAUCCUUCUCUUAA